UGCUUUUCUAAACACUCAAAGACGCUUAACGUAGAAUAAAUAAAAAAAAUUCUUGACUUUGCAGUUGUAAACAGAACAGUCUCUCGUGACUUGGUCUAUUUAGCAGCUGUGCUGGAGCUUUUAAUCACAUCACAUGAUCUUCCUCAGCAGACUGAAUCUGCAGCACAAAAAAGAACAAACAUAAAUUUACAUUUUGGAGGACAGCAGCUUGGGAUUUAAUGCUGGAACUGGAAGUACGGAGGCUGAAGAGGAACAAAAACACAUCGAAUCAUCUCUGCAAAACCUGAGCAAAACCCUCUUUAAUUUGAUUUAAAUGGAUCCAAACAUUUGAAUCAGUGCAGGUGACUUUUGGUUCAAUGAGACUCUUUUUUUUCUGGUAAAUCUGGAACAACAUCUGCACCAAAGUCCAGACAAACAUUCAGCACUUUAAAGUUCCCGUGAACACUUUGGAUUACAAUCAAAAGACAAAUUUUUCCUGCAUCUUAAAGACCUUGACCGACUCUUCUCGGUUCUGCUGUGAUGCUGGACGUGGUGAAGAUGAAGGAGGCGUGCCGGAUCUGCGCCCGCGAGCUCUGCGGCAACCAGCGGCGCUGGAUCUUCCACCCGGCGGCCAAGCUGAACCUGCAGGUGCUGCUGUCGCACGCUCUGGGCCACGAGCUGACCCGGGACGGCCGCGGCGAGUUCGCCUGCUCCAAGUGCGCCUUCAUGCUGGACCGCAUGUACCGCUUCGACACGGUGAUCGCCCGCGUGGAGGCGCUGUCCCUGGAGCGCCUGCACAAGCUGCUGCUGGAGAAGGACCGGCUGCGGCAGUGCAUCGGAGGGAUGUACCGCAAGAACAACGUUCCCGAGGACGGGAGCGUGGCGCCGCCCGUCCCCCUGGGCCCCGAGGGGUCCGAAGACUCUCCUGUGGUGGAUCUAUCGGCCCUGCAGGAUGGAAGAUAUUCGGACAUGAUCCAGGAUGAUCUGACGUACUCCGUUUACGAGUCCUGGGCGGAUAAGGAGGACCCGGCCCUGGACCCCCACGCCACCCACACCCACCACCAUCUUCAGUGCCCCGCAGCGGACUCCGCCCCGGGCCAGAAGCCGAGGCGUUGCCGGGGUUGUGCGGCGCUCCGUGUUGCCGAUUCCGACUACGAGGCGGUAUGCAAGGUGCCCCGUAGCGUUGGGCGCCGGAGCACCUCCUGUGGCCCGUCGACCCGGUACUCCACAGCCACUCCCGGGGUGGAGGAGCACGCCAGGAGCUGCAGGGACUCCGACACCACCGUUGUUGCCUUUGAGUCCUCCGAGGCGGAGCUGGACUCUGAUAAGACCAUGUGCAACCGGACCAGUCCCAGUCCGUCGUCGUCCGUGGAGUCCCUGGACACGGCCGUGGACGUGAGCUGUCCUCCCGUCAACCACAAAGACCGAGAAGAACCGGAGGAGGCUGCAGGGAGGAGGGACCCUCCGUGGGACCAGCCCCCCAGCGAGAGCUCCCUGUCUGGGCUGGAGACGGUGCUGAGCCUCCUGAGGGGCUGGGAGUACCGGCCCGUCAGGCCUCGCCGGGGCAGCAAGCUCCCGGUUCUGGUCAAAGCCCGGCUGGAGCAGCAGGGCAACCUGCUGGUCCCGUCAAGAUCGCCCUGCGGCCCUCCGUACUGCGAGAUGUCCGUCCCGGAGCUGGUGACUCCGUGUCCCCAGCAGGAGCUGCAGGCGGAGCUGGCGGAGAUGGAGGAGCAGUGGAUGGACGAUUACGUUCAGUGCGGACCGUUCCGCUUCCAGCAGAGGCUGGUGGAGGAGCAGCAGGGUCAGCUGGCUCACUAUGAGGACGCUGCAGGUCAGUGUGUUGGCGAGCUGCAGAAGGCUCAGGACCAGGUCCGCUCGCUGCAGAACAAGAUCAGGGAGAGCGAGACCAGGAACCAGAAGCUGCAGGAGCGUCUCGGGGACAUGGAGCUGGAGCUUCGGUCGACCCGAGAGGAAGCUCAGCGGCAGGAGAGAAACAUCCAGAACAUCAGUGACACGGCCAGCUCCAAGGAGGCCGAGGCUGCAGAGCUGUGUCGGGUGAUUGACGAGCAGAAUAAGAUGCUGUGUUCUCUGAAAGAACUGGCCAACCGCAGCCAGCUGCAGCAGCUGCAGGCGUCUGGUGCAGACAGUCUCCGUGGUCAGGGCGAGGUCCUGGCGCUGCAGGCGUCUCUGUUCCAGGCUCAGCUGGAGCUGCAGGCGGGGCAGCGGGCGCAGCGGCAGGCGGGACGGACGCAGGACGACCUGAAGCGAGCGCUGCAGAGACUAGAGACAGACCUGCAGGGGGCGCUGCAGCACCGCAGGGACACCGAGAGACACAACCAGGACCUGCAGCUGGCUCUGGAGAAAGCUCGCUCGGCCCUGCAGGAGAGAGAGGAGCAGCUGAGGACGGAGGAGCAGGAGAGACGGAGGAAAGAGGAGGAGAAAGAGGAGACGCUCCGGGAGCUGAGGACCUCCCUGCAGACCAAAGAACAGCUGAUCCAGGACUACUGUGAGCUGGAGGAGGAUCCAAAGGAGAAGAGAGACUCUCUGCUGCAGAAACUCCGCCAGAGAAUCAAGGAGAGAGACCGAGCUCUGGAGCGAGCGGUGGACGAUAAGUUCCGCAGCGUGGAGGAGAAAGACGAGGCGAGCCGUCGUCUUCAGCUGCUGCUCAGAGAGAAAGAGAGAGACCUGGACAGGCAGCGCUGCGUCCUCGCCAACAACGAGGAGACCAUCACCAGCCUGGAGGUGUUGCUGCGUGGUAAGGCUCUGGAGCUGGAUCAGGUGUGUGACGCCUGGAGGAACGUCCAGCGGCAGCAGCAGGACAACGAGGAGCGUCAGAGCGGCGUCCUGACGGAGAGAGACGCCAUCAUCAGCCAGCUGCAGGCGGCGCUGCACGCCCGCACGCAGGAAGCUCAGGAGCUGCGCUGCUCCCUGCUGGCUCAGAUCCACUCAGCUCCCAGCGAGGUUCUGGAGGAGCUGAAGGUCCGCCUCCAGCUCAAGGACCGCCUCUUCCAGGAGGUGCUGGCCGACCGGACGCAGCAGGCCCAGGAGCACCAGGAGCAGGUCCAGGAUCUGCUCCAGACCAUCAGCAGCAGGGACCAGUACAUCCAGGACUCUGCCAGCCGGCUGGGCGAGGUGAUGAGCGAGCAGACGGGCCGGCUGCAGGAGCUGCGCAGACAGCUGAGCUCGGGGGUCGGACUGAAGCCGGACUCUGGACCGGACUCCUCCCUGGAGCUGCAGGAGGUGCAGGAGGAGCUGCGUCUGGCUCUGAGGAGGGAGAAGGAGAACCAGGAGCAGAGCAGGAGUCAGAGCUGCAGGCUGGAGGAGCUCAGCAGGACGCUGCACGUCAAGGAGGAGAUCCUCAGGGACCUGCAGAGGCAGCUGGUGCAGCCGUCUGGUCUCUCUCUGGUGGAGCGUCUGACCCAGGAGGUCCAGGACCUGAGGGAGAGCCUGGUGCAGAGGGACGGCCCCCCGGCCAGGGGCCCCGUCCCCGGGAGGGACCGGGCCCCCGGCAGGCAGCCUGAGUUUGGAGAUCUGAGCUCAGAGGAGGAAGACGAGGCUGAUGAAGAUCUGAACAGUGAGGAGAUGGAGAGCGUCGACGAGGAAGAGUUCAAGCUGAGACUGCAGCCAGACCACCACAGACAGGCGUCUGGAGCUGCGUCUCCGUCUCAGGAGCUGCUGAUGUUCGAGGGUCCAGGUCUGAUGGAGGUGAAGGAGCUGGUGGAGCAGAAGAGAGCGGUGGAGAGGGAGCUGGGGGAGCUGAAGGCUCAGCUGGAGAAGGCCGGCUUCUCCUCACUGUCUCAGAUGAGGAAAGCUCUGUUCAGUCUGCAAGCUGAAAACGGAGAUCUGAAGCACCAGCUGAGUGAAGAGCUGCAGCCAGACAGGAAACAGAAGGUGAUGCACGGUGAUGAAGAGGAGGAGGAGGAGGAGGAGGAGCUGGAUGUGACCAUAGAAGGAGUGGAGGAGGAUGAAGAGGAGGAGGAGGAGGAGCUCUCUGAGAUGUGGGACGCCUGGGACGGAGAUCUGUCUCUGUCUCAGACCAACAACAGGACCGGAGACAAACAGAGACUGAAGAGACCAGAAACCCUGCAGCUGACCAGCUCCUCCUCUCAGGCGGUCCUGGUCCUGGACAGCUCCGUGUCAGCAGGUCAGCAGGGCUCUGAGUCCUCCGGGUCGAGUCAGAAGACGGUCCGUCUGCAGCAGAAGAGCAAAGAGCUGCAGGAGAGGCUGAUGGUGUCUGAGGCCACGGUGCAGGCUCAGGCUGAGCAGCUCAAAGACUACCGGGAGCUGCUCACGGAGACGGCGGUGCAGCAGGACAGUAAGCAGGUCCAGGUGGACCUGCAGGACCUGGGCUACGAGACCUGUGGACGCAGUGAGAACGAGGCUGAGAGAGAAGACACCAGCAGCCCAGAGUUUGAUGACCUGGAGAUGUGCACCUCCCUGGAGUGCGGCUCCGCCUGGUGGCCCUCCACCUCCACCUCCUCCUCCACCUUCACUAAGACCAGCGUCCAGCGCUGUGGGGACGGGGACGACGUGUCCUCGCUGCAGCGCCUGGUGGAGGACCUGCGCUCGCAGCUGUCCCGCUCUCAGGCGGUGGUCCGCGGGCUGCAGAGCCGCCUCCGCUCCGUCUCCGUCUCCGCCUCCAGCGACUGUGGACCCUCCACCCCCCGCAAGGUCAACUGGUCCUUCCAGGCCUCGGGCUCCCAGAGCGGGGCGGAGGAGGACGAGGGCUGGCAGUCCUCUGACGGAGGCCCCCUGGCUUCACCCCGGCACCCCCACCCAGACAAGGGCCUGCAGGAGCUGGUGUCCCGCGUGGACGCCCUGGAGGACCAGCUGAGGACCGGAGGCAAGAAGACAGACAGCGAGGACGCCAAGUCUGCCACCUGGCCGGGGAAGUUCGACAGCCUGAUCCAGUCUCAGGCCCGGGAGCUGUCCCUGCUGCGCCAGCGUCUGAGGGAGGGCCGGGGGGUCCUCAGCAUCCUGCUGCAGCACCAGGGGGACACCACCAAGGCCUUCGAGGAGCUGCUCCGGGCCAACGACAUCGACUACUACAUGGGCCAGAGCUUCAGGGAGACGCUGGCCCAGAGCGCCGCGCUGGCCGCCAGGGUCGCCGCCAAGAUCAACGGACGAGAUCAUCCUGAAGAUCCAGACGAGAAGACAGAGCUGCUCGCCAUCCGGCUGAGUAAGGAGCUGCAGCAGAAGGAUAAGAUCAUCGAGUCUCUUCGCUCCAAACUGAACCAGCACCAUCACCACGUUAACCCCGCCCACCGCUCCGACACGCCCUGCAGCAGCCACGCCCUCUCCGACACCACCGACCAAUCGGAUCGCAUCUCCUACGUGUCUGACGAGCACGGCUCCACCCACGAGGACCUGGACCUCUGCUCCGAGCUGGACGCCGCCAGCGAGCUGGGACACAAGGAGACCAGGAGCUCCACCAGAGUCAGCACGGACUGUCUGUCUCUCAGCGGCUCCAUGUCCCACCUCCACCCGUCUGUCCCUCCAUCCAUCACCUCCUCCCACAGAGCCCCGUCCUGCCUCAGCUGUCCCAGCAUGCAUUGCCCCGGCUCUCCGCUCAGCAGAGCUGCAGAGCUGCAGAGUCACACAGCUCCAGUCUUCACCUCCACCUCCUUCCAUCCUCCCUUCUGCUCCUCCUCCUCCUCCACCCAGAGGGCUCCUCCGCCCCUCCACCCCCACCCCUCGGCCCUGCGGAGCCGCUACCCCGGGGCCGUGGGUGGAGUGGGUGGAGUGGGUUUCUCUCUGGCUGAGGUGCACCAGGAGCUGCAGAUGUUACAGAGGCAGCUGGGAGGAGACAGUGACCGGUUCUCCACCCCCCAGUCUAAGCCCCUGCAGGGUUUCCCGUUCGUCCCCCAGCAGGCCGACCCGUCCUCCUUCCUGUCCUUCGGAGGCUACCAGGCGUCUCCGUUCAGCAGCGCUCUGGACGCCGGCCCCGCCAUGAAGGCCGGCGCCAGCCUGCUGGAGAGCAGUGCAUUGUGGGACAUGAGCUACGGGGCCCGGCCGGUGAGGCUGGGGGCCGACCUGUCCUCAGGGUCCUCAGGGUACCAGUCAGGAACCAGCAACACAGGUUCUGACCUGAUGAAGGAACACCUGAGGGAGAUCAGGAGCCUCAGACAGAGACUGGAGGACUCCAUCCAGACCAACGACCGGCUCCGCCAGCAGCUGGAGGAGAGACUGGCCCGCACCGUUACUGAGAAGGGAGCUCCCACCAACAUCUACAUCCAGGGUCUGGACUCUGUGGGCCAGCUCUCCUCGGAGAUCCGCCUCCUGAAGGAGGAGAACGUCAGUCUGCAGAACCAGCUGCUGCAGGCCACCAGAGAGGGCAGCAAGGAGGCGGAGCAGCUGAAGGAGGCGGAGCUACAGGUGGAGAGGUGGGCGGAGCUAAACAGGAAGCUGGAGGCUGAAGCUGAAGCUGGAAACCAGGAGAUCACACAGCUGAAACAGGAGCGUCUGAAGAACCAGGAGAACAUCAACAGGCUGCAGCAUGAGGUGAGCGUCCUGCAGCAGCAGCUGAGUGAGAGUCGAGGUCUGCUGAACGUCCUGCAGGCUGAGCUGCAGCUCUACCAGCACACACACACACUCACACACACACACACAGCUCAGGACGCAGACGGUAAACUCGGACACGGCUCUGUGACCUUUGACCCCAGAGAGCUGCACCUGCAGCUGGAGCAGCAGCUGAGAGGACAGACGGAGACUCCGCCCAGAGCCAGGAGACUCUUCAACGAAAACGUCCCGUCUCCUCCGGUGAGAGACACGGAACUCGUCAGUCCUUCGUCUCCUCCUCAUCCUCAACAGAAACACGCCAAGGGACCCGGAUCAGCUGAUCAGGCCCCGGCGGCGGCGCUGCAGGGUCAGGCUCCUGACGGCUCCUUCGCCAACCGUCAUGGCCGCCACGCCGUCGGACACAUCCACGACUUCAGGGCUCUGCAGCAGCAGGUCCUGGAGGGGGGCGCCCUGCUCCGGGACAUGGACUCCACACUCGGCUCCCUCAGCUCCGCCCGGGAGGUCGGCCUGCAGCAGCCUGCAGACUCAGUGAGGAAGCUGCUGUGUGACAGUAAAACUCUGCAGCAGAUCCUGCAGGAGGCCGACUCUCUGCUCAGGAUGUUCUGGAGAGCAGCGCUGCCAAAUACUGAACAAACCAAACAGGAGGAGGCUCUGAAGGAGGAGGUGGUGUCUCUGCGUCUGAGGCUGCAGGAGCAGCAGGAGGCUCUAAAGGACGCCAUGGAGAGAGUCCAGAGCUCCAACCGCACCAAAGAUAGCAUGGAGCACUUUAUCGUCAGCCAGCUGUCGAGGACUCGGGACGUCCUGAGGAAAGCAAAAACAAACCUGCAGGAGAACCAGCUCAGGAUUUCCUCCCUCCGCCAAGCUUCUCUCUCCCUCUCCUCCUCUCUCUCCCCCUCCUCUUCCUCCUCCUCCUCCUCUUCCUCCCCCCUCUGGCCUGGUAAAGGUGAAAACUCCGGAGGCUUCUGUGAGCUCUCCUUCUCUCCUGGUUGGGGUGUCGUGAGGCCCUGGACCUCCUCUUCCUCCUCCUCUUCUUCCUCUGCUGUCCCAGGACGAGCUGCUCACCACCAGCGCCUCCUGCAGCCAGCCCUCCUGUAGUGCACCAGCUCCUUCCUCCUCCUCCUCCUCCUCCUCUUCUUCAUCUCAGUGUUCAAACAGAACAUGCUGGAUCUUCUGGCUUCUUAUUGGCUGGAGGAACUCUUGAGUUGAGUGGCGUGUUUGUGUGUGAGUGUCGUCACGUUUCUGCAGGUUCAUGAUGAAUGUUGGAUGAAUGUUUUAUUAUUGCUGAUGUGAUGUGAGUGAACUGAAGGUGUUCUGAGGGAGACUCAAGUGUUUUCUCUCAUUUAUAUAUGAAGCCAGUCUGAGUUUGGCUGGAGUCGGUUUAUGAUGCACAGCUUCGGAUAAAGAUUUCUCUGAUUUUCUUUUCUAAUUUUUGCAGAUAAAAUCAAAGUUCAACCAGAUUUAAAACAGUCUUUUAUAUAGUCAUGGAAAAAAAUUAGACCAUUGUUUUCUUAAAUUUCUUGUUCAUUUUAAUGCCUGGUGCAACUAAAGGUUCAUUCGUUUGGACAAAUAUAAUGACAACAACAAAAAUAUCUGAUGAGAGUUUAAUUUAAGAGCUGAUAUCUAGACAUUUAACAUGGUUUUAUUGGUAAUAACCAAAAUCAUUAUUUUUAUAACUAUAGAAAAUGUCUAGAUAUCAGCUCUUAAAUUAAACUAUUUGUUGUUAUUGUUAUAUUUGUCCAAACAAAUGUACCUUUAGUUGUCUUUUUUGGUCAUUUUUACACCAAUUUUAGGUCAAUUUGUUUCUAUUUUGAUAAUCUUGUAUAAUUUUUUGGUCAUUUCACAAUUUUUACAUCUAUUUUUGGUCAAUUUGUGUCAUUUUUUGGAAACAUUCUUGAUAAUAAUUAACUAAAUGUCUAGAUAUCAGCUCUUAAAUUAAACUCUUAUCAGAUAUUUUUGUUGUUAUCAUUAUAUUUGUCCAAACAAAUGAACCUUUAGUUGAACCAGACAUUAAAAUGAACAAGAAACUGAAGAAAACAAGUGUGGUCUAAUCAUUUUUUCCAUGACUUUAGACAGUUUAAUCCAGGUUUAAAAGAUUUUAAUGAUCUCAUGUGUUCCAGGCACAUUAAAACUUGUUUUCCCUGAAUCUGAAUGUGAUAUUUAAUCAGUUUUUGACAAUCAAAAACCACCACAUCAGAGUAAAUAUUGUCCAGAAGCUCCUGACCAGAAUCCGACUCCAGCCUGCUUCUUCAGCAGGGAUUCACAGACUCUAAAUCCACGUGAUGCCAGCAGGAACGAGGCUUUAAAAAGCCAAAAACCAAACUGCAAAGUGCUUCCUGUCGCCUCGUCGAGGCUCCUGUGUAGAAGAAUAGUUGCAUGUGGUUUGAGCAGCUGGUGGAAACUAAGCCAUACUCUCUGACGGUACACUAGUUUAUGUUUUUGUCCUAAUUGUACAAAAAAUGAGUCAUAAAAAUGGCCGACUACUGAUAACGUAUGAAAAUAAUAUAUAGAGCCUCCAGUAGCUGAUGUUCUCUUGCAUUUACUCACAAAUAAAAACAUCAAUUUAGUCGUGAAGCUCCAGAGUAUUAAUGUAAAAUAUGGAGUCAGUUCUCUGCAGAUGUUUAUUAAAGAUGACGGGUCCAACCCAGUUUUUUCCUGCUGAAACAAAAAGUUUCUGAUGUGCAACAUCUUGAUAAAACUGCUCAGCGGUUUGUUUGCUGCCUUCAGUCGAUAACGGAGAUUAAUCUUUUCGUGCACGGUCCAAACAGAGAGACGACAUUUCAGUUUUAUAACCAGAAAAAUGGACCAUACUUUUAUCUUUUUUUUUUAAUAUAUAUAUAUAUCAUUUUGGUGUUUUUUUUUGCUAAAUUUGUAAAUCUUUCUAUGUUUGAAUUUGCCCUCAAGAUGACAAUCACUCAAUUAGUUACAAAAUUACAUCAUUAAGGGAGAAACUUUGUAUCUGAGGAGGUUUUUUCUGCAGGAUUUCUGACGCUCACUGUGUGUUUUACACUGAUUUCUCCACAUUAAGUUCCUGUUUUUUUUAGUUUCUCUUGAUUUCUCUGUAUAGUUAGUUAGCUGUUUCUUUCUGUGCAUGAACUGUGGCUUCUCUGCCCUCCUGAUACUUUUACUGAAAUAUGCAAUUUUUUGGGUUACUGUGCAAUAAUAAUAAUAGCCUCCGUGGUUGCUUUUUGUUGGUGUUUUAGGCCUGGAUAUUAAAGUGCCAUGUCAUCUCAGUACAAAUCUCACUUUUGGAUAAUUAUGUCCAGUUAUGUGACAAUCAAUAAAGCAGUUUUAACGGCCCAAAAGAAAUCAGUUUUAUGUAUAACGUAAGGGGGGGAAACUAUCAAAAUAAAAGCAUAAAGAGCUCUGUUAUGAUUAUGUUUAUAAAGCAAUAAGAUCAACCAAAGUGAACGACUCGUAUGUUGUCAAAUCAGGUGUAAAAUAAUCAAGUUUAGAGGGUUUUUGUGUGUGUUAUUCCCCGCAGGUCAAAGGUCAAACUUAGUGUCUUUUUUUAGUGUGUGUGUGGUUUUAGGAGCCACGUCUCGUGUGUGUAAAUAUUACAGCGAGUGUGUGCAUCGAUGCAAAAUGUUUUGUUGCUGCUGACGAAGACCAGCUGUAUUUUUAUGCAUGUUCUCUUUACUAAAAUGUUUUUUGGGGUAAAAGAAAAGAACCUUUUUAAUAAAAAGGGUA